CCUUGUCAAGCAAGAGAGGGGGGAAACUAAACGUCUAACCAAUAAGGUAGGCUGUGCGCUUUGGCUGAUGUGUGAUUUCGUCACCGCUGCGUAUCAAAAAAUGGACGCACUCAUCCCGGGUCUCCGGAUUGAUGUGGCAAGAUCUUCAACCAUUGAGCUUAAUGGAGAAAACUGAAGGAGUCCUUCUAAGAUGACACUUACAGGACCGCCUGACAUCCUGGUAUCAAGUGUGCAUCGAGACAUAAAAGCGAGCCCCAUUUCUCCACUCUCCACAUCCUUGCAAGAAGAAUGUAAUUCUUUCAAUUGCAGCACACUGGAAGACAAGAAGAGCAAGGUCAAUAAGCGGCACUGCCGUACUUUUGAAUAUAAAUCAUUGCCAAAAUAUCACAACUAUUCAAUGCAUUCCCCAUACAAGAGGACUGAUAGGCAUGGCGCUAGCCCAGAUAUCGUUUGGAAUGCCCUGGGCCACCAGCAGAGGUACCGCUUUUCUGCUCCAGACAUUUUCAGCCACAGGCUACCAUCUCAACAAGUGGAUGCAGACACGAACAAUGAGCCGGCUGUCCAUGUCCAAAAACGAAGGACAAGGUCAAAAAGUGCCCCCCGGGUCCAAACCAGUCUCACUCCUGUGUCAAUCGAUUCCGUAUCCUCAGGAAAAAAGGCAAGAGAGUCCAGAUGGACUUCUGGAGAAUCUCACUGGAGACCUGAAGUAUCACUGAGUAAAGAGUCAUCCUAUGCAGCAAAUAGAACCCACGUACACGAAGUUCAUCCUGUUCGACUUCAGCCUCAAAUGAGUGACAACAACAGACAUUGGGCUCAUUAUCCUGCUGAGAAUUAUGAGGAGGCGUUGCUGGAUAAACCAGUAACCAGUCAUCAUGUUAGAUGUCGGGUAGACAUUAAACCAAAUAAUUCAGCACUACAUCACCCUGGACAGAAAAAGCCCACCUCUUCAAUAGACAUACCCUGGCAAAGGCACCACAAUGGAGGCAGUCGGAGCCUGACCGUUCCCCGCCAUUUUUCCUAUUCUCGAACUCCAACUCCCACUGACUCAUUGGGUAGAGAGAAUCGGCAAACUUCUCAAUAUUCCUGCAGUCUGCCAAAUAAGUACAUACAUCAAGUGGAAGUUCCUUUUGAAGUUCCGCUUUCAUCUGGUUAUCAAAGGGAAAACCGAGCUCAUUCCAGUCCAAACAUGCCAAGCCAAUUCUUUUAUGAAGAUGACCCUGGGAGAUAUGUCACCACUGUUCCACCUCAGCCAAGUUCUUAUUUUUAUGACCGUUACACGCCAGGACAAACCUCUAAAGUGCAAUAUGUACAUGACAAAAGAGGUACGAGACCUUAUUAUACUGAAAUGGAGCACUAUCCAUACACAGUACAGGUAGGGUAUCCAAAGUCCUAUACAGCAAAUGAUCCGGGCCCAUAUAUCAUACAACCGCCACCAGCAAGAAUUUUUUAUGGGGAUGAUCCAAGGUCUUAUCAAAUUCAGACGGCUCCUCCAAGGUUUUAUUAUUCAAGUGACAUACAUGCCAUGCCGCCGCAGCACCAUAUCCCGGCACGGGCAUAUUACGCAGAUAGCCCAAAAAAUGCUAGAGUUGUUCAAGCACAAUCGGAUGAUGGGUAUGUGUCAUAUGCCCCCGGGUUUUCUUCCACCCCCGUAUCGUACGUGACCCAAGUCACUCCAACGAGAGUCAAACAGGAAAACUUACUAAUGCCCUGGUAUUCUGCUGAACCGCAAAGAAUCGGCACAGAUUCAAAAUCCUACUCAAGAUCGUUAGAUGAUAUCCUGAGCUCCCAUACAGAGAGGGAACAACCUCCUUCGGUUCAACGGCGUCAGAGCUAUGAUGAUCUCGCUCCAAGGAAACCUCCGGGAGCCCCAGACGACAAACCCCAGCCGGUGGUGGUCAAUCUCUCCACUUCACCCAGACGUUAUGCAGCCUUAUCAAUGUCUGACAACUCCUUGAUUGACCAAAGCCCCCCGCAGACAUCAAAGAACACCGCUAGCAAACAGUGGUUAGUCACACCUGAGAUCACAAUCACUGAUAACGACUUUCGGACGGGGAAUCUUAAGACCACCGAGGGACGGUCUGCCAGUUGGGACAUUCUGGACUCGAGAGGCAGUGAAGGUCCAGAACUGUGUCAGCGUGACAUGAACGGCUCGACCAAAGACAAGCCACAUGACAGCGGCUCUCUUCAGCAAAGCCUCGAACAACUGGACGAGCUGCUGGCGGAUCUUGUUACCGACUACAAACCCCCCAGCAGAAGGGCGAGUGAGGACAUAUUAGAUCAGCUCAAGAAGUUAAUCGACGAGGAAGAGGCUGUGUCUCUGUCCAGGAAGAGUUCAAUGGCCGCCGCAGAAGGACCACCUCCUCUUGACAAGCAGCCAACAUCAGUAAGACUAAAUCCGGAUUCUUUUCAAACUAUGGAUGGAGCAAGUGAUGCAAUGAAGAGUGCGGAUGAGUGCUCCCCGGAUCAGAGCCCAGAUGAGGAUGACACGAUGAUGUGUUCCAACAAUAAAUGCCGGAGAACUGAAACAUUGUUCAAUGCCUGCCUUUACUUUAAAUCCUGCCACAGCUGCUACACGUACUACUGCUCUCGCAACUGCCGAAGGGAAGACUGGGACAUUCAUAAAGAAAGCUGCGUGUACGGUAGAAUUGGUAGCUCAUGUCGACAUAUCAUCAAACACUGUCGGGAGGCCAUUGAAGUCCACAAAGCCUUUUCCCGUCUUGCCAAAGUCGGUUACCUUUCUCGAGGUAGAGGAGUUCUCUUCCUUGGUUUCCCAAACACGAUGUCUUCCAGUAACUUCUUGCAGUCUGGCCUGGAUAGUCUCCCCAUGUCACCGACAUACUUGUCACUCCGGGAGCUUGAAAGUUUCCAGGACAACCUCGGCGAGUACUGUAAGGAGCUGCAAGAAGCUGGAAAAGAAUAUGACCCAAAUGAAUGUUUUAUCUUGAAUGUGUCCAUCGCUGUCGGUGAGCAGUUGCCUGAUGGACCAUCCCCAAGGAACCAAGCUCCAGCGGUCCGAAAAUAUGCAAAGGUUGCUCUGGCUUCUUUUAGUCCUGACAGAAAGAUCUACAAGAAAGAAGCCGAGAUGGAAACUCUGAUCUUAACUCCGCCGCCGGGAACUGCAGAUAUUGACAAAGCUGGGGAAGAAGGCAGGAAAGCCAGGGAGAUCUGUUUUAUCAAUAUACAACGAGAGUUAAGGAUUCGGGGGGUGUUCCUACGCCAUGAAUACCCUCACGUGUAUCAGCAGCUCUGUGAGUUUGUGGAAAAUAACCUAAGAUUCACCCCCACCACUAUUUAUCCAAUUGAUAAGAGGACAGGUAAACAGUUUAUGUGCAUGAUUAUGGCUGCGUCUGAGCCGAGGACUUUGGACUGGGUGGGGACACCGCAUCUCCUUGAUGACAUCAUUUAGAUGCAUAUUUACAUCCACUGGAUAUAUACAGUAUAUGCGCAUGGAGCACGCAGACACACACCGUUUAUUAUGUACAUUUAUUUUUGGCUUGUCAGUAUAAUUUUUUACCAGAAAUUUUGUACAGUACAUUUUUUUAAACAUAGUACAUAGUUUUUAAUCCGACAAUUAAUAGUGAUUUAUCUAAAUAUUGGCCGCUUACUGUUACAACGUGUUUUCUUCAUGACGGAUGACCUCAUCUUUGAGGUUUUAUGAAGAAAAUAUUCAUGAUUCUUUUCUUAACAGCAAAAGAAAGUCUAUGCAAAGCAGCUGUAUGACUAAAUGGCCACGCUUGUGGUGCUUCAUUAUACAGUGGAACCUUGGCGAGCAUCGUUCAUUCCUUUCAGAAAACAUACUAUAUUUACAAAUAAUACAUGGCAAUUCAGAUCAGUUCCAGUUCGCUAUUGCUACCUUAACCGAAGACGUUAUUGUUUACAAAGACACAAUGUGGCCGCCAGAUCAACACGGACACCACCAUCUUGUUUUGCCGUGAGUAAUUUCUUGAAUUCAGUCAUGUUUCUCACCGUAGGUCUCUGCUUUUCUUUUGACCACGGCUGCAAAAUAACCCAAAACGGAGCAGAAGAAAGCCGCAAGCAUUUUAAUAAAGAAGGUGACAAACACUGUUGAAUUCAAGGAAUAACUCAUGGCAAAACAAGAAGGUGGUGCCGUGUCGUACAGACUUAGUAACUGUGUCACUACAGUUCAUGACAUCAUAGACGGGCGACUUCCAGUUUUUGUUUCCAUGUAUUUGCAAGGUGCUAAUGAGGACGUUUUGUGAUGAAUAUACGUACAUUAAGAAGACAGAAUAUCAAUAACAUGAUGACACCAUAUUGCACACUAACCAGAAUUUUUUUUACAUAAAUCCCAAAAUAUGCUAACCGAGGUUCCAUUGUAUUACAGUAUAACUUACAGUAAUACAGUGAUUUCAUUCAUCGAAACUUCCUGAAAGAAUUGAUUUUGUGUAAGCAAGUCAACAUAAAGUCAAAAGCGUAAAAUGCAAACGCAUUUUCAAUCUGCUGAUAUUUUAAUACAUAAUAUCAUAUGAUAUUCUAUUAUGUAAAUAUAUAAUCAUAUGGUGUAACGGAGAUACUAAUGGUUUAGUUUUGAGUGACUGAAGUGGUAGUGGACUGAAAGCUGCCUUUCUAAUUAAUAUUGACAUCUUAAUUGGUGUAGUAUGAAACACUGUGGACAGUGAGACAGUGACUCCAUACUUCAUCCACAGGACUUGAUGCAAUUUCUUACACCUCGCAGUAUGAAAAAGCAGCACAAAUACUUGUCAUUAGAACAAAGUGACAUAGAUGUUCCAUCAUGGAUAUGAAUUUAAGUCAGUGUUUUUAGGGCUUUGCAGUUUGUUUACUGUGUGAUUUCCAUGUCUUUUUCAUUUGACAUUAUUAUGCCACUGCUUUUUGCAUGUUUAUUUUUUUGGACCAAAUCAAAGUAUUGUAGCCAUGUAGCCAACUUCAUAAUUUUUUUUGCUGUCUUACUACUAAUAAGGCUGUUUUGUUAACUCUAUAGUAACUAUGCUAAUAUACGAUUGAUGACCUGACCUUUAAAAAAAUACUUACUGUGAAACAUAUACCUUCAUAGAUAGUAGUUUAUAAUAAAUUAUUCCUGAUACCAUUGUACUGCAUUUCUUCUACUCAUCCAUUGAAGUGUGGUCGGGAGGAUAGAGGGCGUAUAGAAUAUACAGUGGGUGAAAUGAUCCACUUAAAUGGCUGUAAUCUGUGGGGCUCCCCGGGGGUCAUGCUUGGGACCGCUAUUGUUCAAUAAGGUAGUGGUCUCCUGAGGGUGCCCGGAGUCAAGACUAAACACGGUGAGGCUGCGUUUCAGUUUGAUUCUGCCAAAAUCAGGCUUCAAGAAGAUUUGCGACAAUCCUCAACUUAGGCAAUGUUCAAAUCCAAGCUGAAAACACUUUUACAGAAUGAUUUUACCCUUUAA